AAACUUGCAGUGCACUCUUGACCCAAACGUCCUUUGUGUCUUGCUGCCAAUACGGGGGGAGCACCUGAGAAAUAUACCAUUGUAAGUGAAGAUUUUGGACUUUCAAGUUGUUGGAUGAAAGCUAAGACAGAGCUGCGCCAAGAUGUCUUUAGGCAGAGUUAAAAGGAAGGAGGCAUCAGCGAUCACACCCUGCCAGAAAUUCGAGGGACACACCGAUUGUGUCUAUGGCACCAUAAAUCUGCCAGGCGGACAACGGAUAAUGACUUGUUCAUGGGACGGCUCGCUGCGGGUAUGGAACUUGAAGAGUGGCAAACAAAUCGGAGACGAAUGGCGGGACGGAGAGAGUGAAGUGUUGACCAUAGCUUUGUCUCCGGACGGGAAGAAAGUGGUCAGCGGGAGUGAGGAUGGUGGAGUGAGGUUGUGGGACAUGGACACGGGCAAAGUAAUUGGGAGAUGGAUGGGGCAUACAGACAGAGUGAAUUCUGUUUGUUGGAGUCAAGAUGGUCAGCGAGUCUUGAGUGGAUGUACCGAUGGGACUGCAAGGCAAUGGGAUGUAGAAAACGGAGAGACGAUCCUAACACCAAUCAAGGCUGGGCACUCUUUGUUAGCAGUUGCCUACUCCCCAGACAUGACCUUGUUUGCGACUGGUGGAGCCGACCGCCCUUGGGAUGACACUGGAGAUAACAAAUCCGCGAUCAAAAUCUGGAAUGCCAAGACGGGCGAAAAGCUUGUCGCUACUCUUGAAGGACACACAGAUUGUGUGCGGUGCCUGGUUUGGACCCCGGAUGGAAAAACGCUUAUAUCCGGGUCAGACGAUUUCUCAGUCAGAACAUGGAAUACUACUUCAACUUGGAAGCAGAUCGCAGUGUUGGAAGGGCACACUUCCGGUGUCUUUUCCAUUGCAAUAUCUCCCAAUGGCCGCAUUCUUGCAAGCGCAUCGUACGACCACACAGCGCUAUUAUGGAACCUCGAUAACAACCAACCCAUCAGUUCGCCCCUCCAGCAUCCAUCUCACAUGUUUUCUGUGUUGUUUUCGGUAGAUGGGAAGCUACUAGCCACUGGCUGUGAAAACAAAAAUGCGUACACUUGGGACGUUUCUGCGAUUGUAAAAGAAGCUGGUCUCGACGAACUUCUGUUGGACCAGCGCGACAAGUCGGUCCUUGCUGUACGUGACACUUUUUUAUUAUAAUCAGCUCUCACUAUUUAUUUGGACAUGUAGGCUGAUGCUACACUACGUCCAAUCCGUCAGCCAAUCAUUAUCCCCCAGCGCCGGAUGCCCCAAGGGUUUUUUGACGACCUGCCAGAUCACGCUCACGUACAUCG